AUGGCACCUCAGGAUAGCUUCAUCGAUGAAGAUGAGGAUACAUGCCCACUCUGCGUCGAAGAAUUCGAUCUAUCAGACAAGAAUUUCCAACCAUGCCCUUGUGGUUACCAGAUUUGUCAGUUCUGCUUCAACAACAUUAAGAACAAUAUCAACGGCCUCUGUCCUGCCUGUCGAAGACCUUAUGACGAGAAAACAAUAAAAUGGAAAGUUGUUACGCCUGAAGAAGUCGCUCAAUUUAAAGCCAAUGUCCAAAAGAACGCUAAAAAGAAAGCCGAAAUAAGGCAAAAAGAAGCCCAAAAGCGAGAAGUAGAAAGUUUAAAUCGGAAGCAUCUAGCAGGUUUACGAGUUGUACAGAAAAAUCUAGUAUAUGUUGUCGGCCUUAGUCCAAGCAUACGAGAAGACGAACUUCUUCAGACUUUACGCGGCGAAAAGUAUUUCGGGCAAUAUGGGAAGAUCAUCAAGAUCGUGGUCAGUAAAUCUAAACAGAACGAGUCAGCCCAAAAUGCUGGUUCUCUUGGAGUUUACGUUACGUUUGCUUCGAAAUUAGAUGCGGAACGGUGCAUAACAGCGGUCAACGGUUCCUCAAACGGUGAUCGAAUUUUACGAGCGCAAUUGGGAACUACGAAGUACUGUUCAGCAUAUCUGCGGAAUGAGGUGUGCACAAACAAGCAAUGCAUGUUCUUACACGAACCAGGCGACAACGACGACAGUUAUUCUAGGCAAGAUUUGUCGUCCAUUAAUAGUGUGAACUCCCAACGACCUUUGCCGCCCAAGGCAUCUUCAUCCCGCACUCAAGCCCAAGCAGCACCACCAAUUCAACAGGCACAACCACUGGCUGCCGCUGCACCACCAAUGGCACGGGAAGCAAGUAAAGAUGGUUCGGACAGUGGAGAUGGUCCUGCACUUCCGUCAACUGCUAACUGGGCCAAUCGUGGAGUACAGCAGCAACGCAGCAGAAGAGGAAGCCAUGCCACGAGUGGUGCUGCCCCUAGUCCUGCUAUCUCAAAUGCCAUUCCUUCUGCAACUGAAGCAGUCGAGGAAGAAACUCCUGAGCUUGUGGAAGACCAAGAGGAAUCGUCUGGCGAAGCCAGCCCAAUUGAAGCUCCAGAACCCAGCCCUCUUAUUGAGGAUGUGUCUCAUCCUGUGGAGGAGCACCUUGGUGCCGAACUGCUCAGGUCGAUUAAUUCUGAUGUGCUGAGUUGGGAUGGCCCUAAAAUUCACGAGGACGACCUCGCAUCAUUCCCGCCGCUCUUUGAUGACCAUGGUGGAGAGAAACGCCGUUUAAUGCGCGAGCAGCAACAGGAGGAGGAACGUUUACACAUGGAGCAGGAAUCGCAAGCUGAUGUUCAAUCGGUACCUGAACCCGUGGAAGAACAGGAACCGGAAAGUGGUAGUCUGCAAUUAGGUGGCGAGCCCGAAGAUAAUGGGCGGGAGAUUAAUCAACCUCCUGGAUUCCAACGUCAUCAAAGUUCGCAACUACCGAUCCAACGAGGCUCCACCGCUGGUCCGUUUGGCCCAAGCCUUGGGCAACAACAAAACUAUCCCCAGAAUAUCAGCAAUUUGAGUUCUAUUAACAGACGAUCUCUCACUCCAUUGCAACAGUCUCAACUUUCAAUGUUCAAGACACCAUCCGGUGUUCCAUCAAGCUUCAUGGACCAUAUUCCUUCUCCUGGUGGACUUGGAAAUCCAUUGAAUCAGAAUACUGCGCUUUUCCAGCAGCAAGGUCACAAUAGACAAUCUUCUCGAUACAGCUUUGCUAUGGAUGGUGCCGCUGGACCGUCUUCCAUCAAGCCUUCUGCCAAUAGCAAAAUGAUGCAACAGCAAGCUUCAAUGAUGCCUCCUUCAAGUCAUCCUCAGCAAGGAUUUCAGUCUUUUAACUCUUCGAUCCCAGCCCCUCCAGGAUUGUCAGGUCUGAAAUCUAACACUCCCCCAAUUGGCGGAGGUAUGUUUGGCCAAGGUCAUGGAUUUGGUAACUCGAUGGGUGGUGGUUCGGCAUUCGGAAAUGCCAACAAGGAGAAUAGUAAUGAGAUGCUUCGUGAAAUGCUAAGGGGUCGCCCUAGUGCUGGUGGCAACCAGGGUAUUGAUACAAGUAAGCGUGAGUACAUGUUUCCUAAUUUUCUUCAUCAACAGUUCCCAUCUGCCUCCUCCACUCCAGCUCCUGCUUCAAACCUUCUGGCAUCGCUCUACGGUCCUCAGACCGGAGCAUUUCAUGACUUCGGUCAAAAGCAGAAGAAGAAGGGAAAGAAGCACAGACAUGCUAACACUUCCUCCUCUGGGGGAGGUGGCUUAGUCGAUCUUGCGGACCCAAGUAUCCUGCAGGCGAGAAUGCAGCAUCAACAACAGAGCAAUGCCGGAGUCGGACAGGGACUGUUUGGUGGUCAGGCUCAAGGUGGGUACAACCCCAACCUGAUGUAUGGCGGAGGAGCAGGUUUCCCCGGCAGGUGGUAG